UCCGGGGUGGCGCAAGCGACGCGGCAGCUCCAGCCGGCCGUCAUUGCCCGCGGCGGAGGAAGUGUGCUCUACGACGGAGGAACCGGCUGUCACCGUCCACGUCCGUCGGCGCAUAUAACCGCGCGCUGCCGCAGCGUGCGUGUUGCGUCGAUUUCUCCUUGUUUAUGUAUGUAUUUGCCGUGGGGCUGUGGAGGGGGCGGGUGGCCAGCGGAGGCCAAAGAAAGGCGUUGUGUUUUUUCGUUAGUUUUGUUAUUUCCUUCACGUGCUGGCGUGGUGUGUUUCCUGCGGGUGCGCGCUGGGGUGCCGGUGGGCGCGGCUCUGCCCUCCCGCCGCCCCGCGAGCCCCCCCGGGAGCCCGGCCGCCGCAAAACGCCCCGGCGCAUCCCCCGGCUUCCUUUUGCGUGAUGCAAACCGGCCCCCUCGAAUAGGGACGGCAGGCGCGACCCGCGGCCCUGUGAUUAUUUUCUCGCGGUUCCCCCCCCCCCCAACCGGGCGUUUCUGUUUUGUUUUGUGCCCCCCGCGCGGCCCGUGGGUGGCGGGGGCGCCCCUCUUCCGCCGGCGCGCGCUCCGGCCAAGGGCCCCACGCGGCGUCGCCUUCCCCUUGGCGCGAGGCCGUCUCUGCGCACGCGGCGCUGGCGCGUGCUUUCUGCCGUCGCCGCUGCGCCCCGCCCCCGGCGAUUCGCGGCGCCUCGGGGCGCACCGCCAGGCCGCGCGGCCGCCAGACCGCGGGGACACCCCACGACCCAGCGCGGCCGGGCGGGGGCGCGGGGCCCCGCCCCUGAUCGCACAUCCCCCACCCCCGCCCCCCCGCAGGGACAACGCUGCCGCGGCAAUGGGGGCCGCCAAAAAAAGCGGAGAAACCGCGCGUGCCUCUGCGAAGGCCGCGGCGCCAGAGGCCGGCUCUUUGCGGUCGUGCGCCGCGUUUUCCACCGUCGGUCGGGCGUCCCGUCGCGUGCGACAGGAAGUGCCGCGCUGUUCGUGGGACGGCCGAAUUGGGCGGCUCUGA